AUUCAAGCAGUAUGGACAGAGCUGAAGAUUCCACUGUUUCCCCUUCUGGCUAUUAUUAUGAAGAUCAGUGGAGGUCCAGAACACACUGGAUCCAUCAUUUUAACAACUCUGAUGAUAUAACCAAGUGCUUGCAAGGAAAAGUAAUCCACUUGUUUGGAGACUCUACGAUAAGGCAGUGGUUUGAAUAUCUGACAGCAUUUGUUCCAGAUCUAGUGGAAUUUAACCUGGGGAGUCCUAAGAACGUGGGGCCUUUCAUGUCUGUGGACCUGAAGCACAAUAUCCUACUGAAGUUCCGCUGCCACGGGCCACCCAUUCGCUUCUCCACAGUCUUUAGCAGUGAACUGCGUUACAUUGCCAAUGAACUGAAUGGCAUAGUGGGUGGGAGAAACACAGUGAUAGCCAUAACUAUAUGGUCCCACUUCAGCACUUUCCCUGUGGAAGUGUAUAUCCGGCGGCUGAGGAACAUUCGGAGAUCAAUUAUUCAACUGCUGGAUCGCAGUCCCAAGACUUUAAUCAUCAUCAGAACUGCCAAUGUUCAGGAGCUUGGGCCAGAAGUGAGCCUCUUUAACAGUGAUUGGUAUUCCUUUCAGCUUGAUUCUGUCAUGAGGAAAAUGUUCUCAGGAAUUGCUGUGCACUUUGUGGAUGCUUGGGAGAUGUCUCUGGCUCACUACCUGCCACAUAACUUACACCCAAAAGAAGUAAUUGUUAGGAAUCAAAUAGAUGCAUUUUUAUCUUACGUAUGCCCUUUGCAAACUUAG